AAGCAGGAACUUCAUACUCAGGAGUGUUAAAUGUCCUCGCUGGAAUUUUAACCUGCCUCUUUUAAAAAAAAAAACAAAAUACAACACGUCUCGUCCAACCGGUUUUUCAAGUUUCCAAUCAUCCAGGUAGAAAGAGAGAGAGAGAGAGAGAGAGAGAGAGAGAGAAAGAAAGCAAGCAAGCAAGCAGUCAGUUGGAAGCGGACGGACGUGGUGGUUAGAAUGAACCAUUAAUCACCGACCUCUUGGUCUAAGGACGUUAAAAGAAAUUCAUUUGAGAAAAGUCUACAGCGUGUAACCGUUCAAGAUGAGUCGCCCACGUGUGGACUCUGAGGAGUCGCUGACGCCCGAUGAUGAGGUGAUGCCAUACAGCGAUGACGAGACCGAUGACGAGAUAGAGCCCGAGGAAGUAGAGGUGCAGCAGCCGGCCGUCCCGGCACCAGAACCCCCCGCAGAAGCCGGAUGGAAGGUCAAAGUAAAUGACAGGGAUUUCUGCAAACUUCCAGAAUUCCAGAAGAAGACAUUUCUGUGCUUCAAGAAGAGCAAGUACUCUGGAAACGGAAUCAGGACCUAUAAAUACAACUUCAUCACCUUCCUGCCCCUGAACCUAUUCGAGCAGUUUAAAAGAGCAGCCAACUUUUACUUCCUCAUCUUGCUGAUCCUGCAGAUCAUUCCCCAAAUCUCCACGCUGCCCUGGUAUACCACCUUAGUGCCUCUGGUUCUGGUGCUCGGCAUCACCGCCAUCAAAGAUCUGAUGGAUGACCUGGCUCGCCACAGGUUAGAUAAAGAGAUCAACAACAGGAAGUGUGAGGUGCUUCUUAAUGGCAGCUUUCAGGAAGCCAAGUGGAUGGACAUUCAAGUUGGUGACGUGGUCCGAUUAAAGAAAAACGACUUCAUUCCUGCUGACAUUUUGUUAUUGUCCAGCUCUGAGCCAAACAGCCUGUGUUAUGUAGAGACAGCAGAACUGGAUGGUGAGACGAAUCUGAAGUUUAAGAUGGGUUUAAAAGUGACUCAUGAGACGCUGCAGGAGGACAGACAGCUGUCAGAGUUUGAUGCCAUGAUCAUUUGCGAGGAACCGAAUAAUCGCUUGGAUAAGUUCACAGGCACGAUGAGAUGGAGGAAGGAGGAAUACCCACUAGAUCUGGAUAACAUGCUGCUCAGAGGCUGCACGAUCCGAAACACGGAGGAAUGCCGCGGAAUCGUCAUAUUCGCAGGAGCUGACACUAAGAUUAUGAGGAACGGCGGAAAGACCAGGUUCAAACGCACCAAGAUAGAUAACCUUAUGAAUUACAUGGUGUACACGAUCUUCGUGAUGCUGAUCCUGAUCUGUGCCGGCUUGGCGAUCGGACACACGUUUUGGUACGAGGCCAUCGGCGGUAAAGCCUGGUAUCUGUACGAUGGGCAAAACCAGUCGUCCUCCUACAGAGGCUUCCUCACCUUCUGGGGCUACAUCAUUGUCCUCAACACCAUGGUCCCCAUCUCCCUCUAUGUUAGUGUGGAGGUGAUUCGUCUGGGCCAGAGUAAGUUUAUAAACUGGGAUCUCCAGAUGUACUACGCUGAGAAGGACACUCCAGCCAAAGCUCGCACCACCACCCUGAACGAGCAACUCGGCCAGAUCGAGUACAUCUUCUCGGACAAGACGGGCACUCUGACACAAAACAUCAUGGCCUUCAAGAAGUGCACCAUCAGUGGGAAAACAUACGGAACUCCGACAAAUAAAGACGGGGUGCCUCAGGAUCGUCCAAAUCCGGUUGACUUCAGCUGGAACAAGUACGUAGACAGAAAGUUCCAGUUCACCGACAGUCACCUUGUUUCCCUCAUGCGCUCCAAAAGCGACCCAGACAUGCUGGAGUUCUUCAAGCUGCUCUCGCUGUGCCAUACUGUUAUGGCGGAGUGGAAGGAUGGUGAACUGGUGUACCAGGCCGCAUCUCCAGACGAAGGCGCUUUGGUCACAGCGGCUCGCUGCUUCGGCUUUGUGUUCCUGUCACGCACGCAGGACACCAUCACCAUCAGCGAGAUGGGAAAAGAGGCCACGUACGAGAUGCUCGCUCUCCUCGACUUCAACAGCGACCGGAAACGCAUGUCUGUUGUCUUGCGGCUUCCUGACGGACGAAUCCGGCUGUAUUGUAAAGGAGCCGAUACGGUGAUCUACCAGCGCCUCAGUCCUUCCACCCUGCACCAAGACACCACAGAAACGGCUCUGGAAGGUUUUGCCAACGAGACUCUGAGGACGUUGUGUCUGUGCUAUAAAGACAUCACCGAAGAGGAGUUUGAAUCGUGGGCUAAGAAACACAAGGAGGCCAGCGUGUCCAUGUCAAACAGGGAAGAGGCUCUGGAUGCCGUGUACGAGCUCAUCGAGACCGACCUGAUGAUGAUCGGUGCGACAGCCAUCGAAGACAAGCUGCAAGAUGGAGUUCCUGAGACCAUCGCCAACCUGGCCAGGGCACAGAUCAAAAUCUGGGUUCUAACUGGGGACAAGAAAGAGACCGCUGAGAACAUUGGAUACUCUUGUGAGCUGCUGACGGAUGACAUGAAUAUUCACUAUGGAGAGGACGUGAAUCAGAAGCUUUCAGAGAGACAGGCAAACCGGAGGAACGAGACAGGAUCGGCGCGCACAAAAAAGUCCCAGGAGCCAUUUUUCCCUGAACCUGGCAAGAACGCUCUCAUUAUUACAGGAGGUUGGCUGAACGAGAUUCUUUAUGAGAAAAAGAAGAAGCGUCGUCGCCUGCGUCUGCGUCGCCUCGGUAAGCGCGUCCCCCCCACCAACCACGAGGACGGCCAACCAAUGAACGACUAUGAGAAGGAGACGAGGCAGCGUGACUUUGUGGACAUGGCCUGUGAGUGCAGCGCCGUCAUUUGCUGCCGUGUCACCCCCAAACAGAAGGCCAACGUGGUGAGCCUGGUGAAGCGCUACAAGAAGGCCGUCACUCUGUCCAUCGGUGACGGAGCCAACGACGUCAACAUGAUAAAGACUGCAGACAUCGGUGUGGGCAUCAGCGGGCAGGAAGGCAUGCAGGCAGUGAUGUCCAGUGACUUCGCUCUAGCUCAGUUCCGGUACCUCCAGCGCCUCCUGCUGGUGCACGGCCGCUGGUCCUACAUCCGUAUGUGCAAGUUCUUGCGCUUCUUCUUUUUCAAGAACUUCGCCUUCACCCUGGUUCACUUCUGGUACUCGUUCUUCAGUGGAUUCUCCGCACAAAUUGCCUAUGAAGACUGGUUCAUCACCCUUUACAACGUGUUGUAUAGCAGUUUACCCGUCCUCCUCGUCGGCCUGCUGGAUCAGGACGUGAACGACAAACUGAGUCUGCGCUUCCCGAGUUUGUACCUUCCGGGACAGCAAGGGUCUUUGUUUAAUUACAGGAACUUCUUCAUCAGCCUCUUCAACGGCAUCUUCACAUCCCUUAUCAUCUUCUUCAUCCCGUACGGAGCUUUUCUGCAGACGAUGGGUCAGGACGGAGAGGCGCCGUCCGAUUAUCAGUCCUUGGCUGUGGUCACUUCAUCCUCGCUGAUCAUGAUAGUCAGCCUGCAGAUCUCACUGGACACAUCUUACUGGACGUUUGUGAACUGCUUCGCCGUCUUGGGCAGUAUAGCUAUUUACUUCGGCAUCAUGUUCGACAUCCAGAGUGCAGGAAUACACGUCAUCUUCCCAUCGUACUUCAAAUUCACCGGUGUUGCAGCUAACGCGCUUCGCCAGCCGUACCUGUGGCUUACCAUCAUUCUAACAGUGGGCAUCAGCCUCCUACCAGCCAUCUGUACCCAGUUCCUCUGUAAGACCAUCUGGCCCACUGACGGAGACAAGGUUCUUAGAAACAGGAAGAAGUACGAGAUGGAGGAAGAGGCGAAGAAAAGGGCUCCUACUUUCAAACGAGGCGGUCGCUCGCGGCGCUCUACGUACGCCUUCUCUCACUCCCAGGGUUACGCCGACCUCAUCUCUUCAGGCCGGAGCAUCCGGCAGAAGCCACAGAAGCGGCCGGAUCUUAGGGAGAGCAUCAGGGAGGAACCAAUAGCUGAAAACCUCUGAGACCUUUAAUCUCGAGAUGUUUAGACAGGCAGGAACAACUACAUAUUUGUCCUGAUUUUAAAUAUGCAGAGACUGAUUACGGAAUCACAAGGUUUAAGGAAACACUCGCUCAGCUCGGUUUUAAUAAUUCGGAAUGAAAACGGCCGCGACGCCACCUGCCGUCUGAAGAGAUUCCAUGUUGUUUUCCUUUUUUUGGCUCUAAAACUGCUAGUCCCAGGACCACUUGAUCUGCUCCCUUCUUUCCAGUGAAAAUGAACCGAGAUCAGGGGGACAGGAGUAGGGAAGGUCACUUAGGGAUCGAGGAGCUCUGUAGAGCAGAACGAGCCAGUGAGAAAGCUUCACAAAGGGAGGUGAGAGAGACUUUCUCCCACUCACCAUAAAAUAAAAUAAAAUAAAAUAAGACCAACACUGGUUUUUUACACUGUGCAUGACAAACUAGAUAUCUCAGGAUUUUAUCUUUCCACUUUUUUUUUUUUUUUUUAGAAGGUGCAUUAUAUAGGAAUUCUAUAGGUGUCCUGCUCAAACACUUUCAUACAGCAGAAUGAAUUCGCUCGACAUAUUUAAGUGUAAAUAUCGAUGUACGACAUCCUCCUUCGACAACGCUACAAAUGUGACUACAUACUUUAUUUAAAAAAAGCAACUAACACUCUUUAAGACUAUAAGUACAGUCGUUAUACUGUGGAAAUGUUCCUACAUAAUGCACCUUUAAAACCUUAUUUAAGGCCCUGAACUCCGCCUCGAACUUCCGAACCCAGGUCAUGUUCUGUUUCUUUCUCAGUUUUAACGUACUGACCUGCAGCUUCAUCGGGGCAGAGAAGGAGCUGGUGAUGUCACGUCUCUUAAUUUAUAUACCUUUGUGAAUAUUUUUCAUCUGUCACAUGACUCUCGACUGUAAGGUUUGAAUCUUUAUCACGUUAACGACUUUGAGCUGCAUGAUGGAUUAUACUCAAGAACACUUUUUUUUUUUGGCAUUAAGGGAUGACUGGGUGUAUGUGGGAUGCCUUCCAGGUGGAGAACUUCUGAAUAAUGUUUACACUAAUGUUAUUACUUUUCUUUUUUUUUUUUGCACUUCCGUCUCCGCUAGUCGAGCAGAUCAUCUAUGAUCAGAACGGUGUCAUUUUCUCUGCACACUUUGACUUGUUUGUGUUUGUCUUUUUUUUUUUUCUUGCCUUUUGUGUCAAACAUUUCCCAUGAUUUUCCAUACAACACUGAAUUCAGCCAUAUUCAGAUCCAGAUAUGAAGAUCAAUUCAUUCGGUGAAGGAAGUUCAGAAAAGUGUGUUUUUAAACAAACAAACAAACAAACAGACAAACAAAAAAAAAGAGCUGUUACAUAGGUAAAGUCAAUCUGCCAUAAUAUAACGGAUGAUUAUUGGUUAGGUGUCUUUUUAACAUCGCUGUUUCGUGAACAGGAACAAAGUGCCAGAACGGACAGCAAUGCCAGUGCCUUACGCUUAAAAUGAAAUAAAAUAAACAUUUUACACAAUGUUGUUUUUAAUGUAUUGUAAUAUACUUUGUACAAAUAACUAUGAAUAAAGGUGUACAAAAAACUGUU